ACAAACUGCCACACGAGUUCCCUCAAGAGCAGAUGUACGAAGGGCGUUUCUCCAAGCGUUUCUCCAAUGCACACGCGCGUGUAUGUGCGGCGUAUUACCUGAGGGGUUGUCAGAGGGUUCGCAUAAUACGGACACGGUGUCACAUCUCAGGGUGGGGGCCCUGCCACCUAUAGUACUUCCCUUCCAACGUUUUCCUGUUUUACUGCCAUCCUCUACAGUAUGUUCAAGAAUUUAUGCCCACCUUUGCCUACCGCUCCCCUCGCGACAUUUAAAUUUUAAAUCCCGCUCCAUAUUAAUUUCCACGGAUCCAACGAUUAUUGUGAAACGUGAAAUCGAGUUGAACAUCGGAUUGGAGGGUAUUGGAAAAACUUGAUCGUUCAUCGAAUAUAAACGAGUGAAGUAGACUCGAUAAAAAUUCAGUUUAACAAUCCACGAAAUUUUCUUUUAUCGUCGUCGAAUCGAUAUUUUUUUUUUUGUUUUUAAAAAGUAGACAGGGAAAAAUGCUAAAUCUAUCGAUAAAUAAACCGAUGCACGAGAUUAUCGUUUCGUGUAUCAUAAAAGAACUCCAGUUGAGGGUACUAUAGAUAACUUUCUGGGCAGCUGCUGCGACCGUUGGGACGCGUGCCCCGAUCGUAACAGCUGCUCCAACACAAAUGCGUAUCGAUCACAAACACGCUCUUUAUCUUUCACUGUUCGUGCUUCACACUGUUAACUCGUACAGCGUUGGCGAAUGUCGCGUUAACGGCCGAAAAGUCAUCUCAAAGGGGUGGAAAAGUCGAUGGAAGAAUUUCGUAAUUUAAAAAAAGAGAGAAACGUAAAUUGGACGAGAUAGAGAUUUUUAAAAAAUUGAAAAACUAAAGAUUCGAGAGAAAAAUGAGUUCGAAAUAGAAAUAAUAAUUGUAGGAAUCGGGGUCAGGAAAAGUAUCUGCGUGUAUUUUUCUUUUUUCUCAACUUCAAUCAAUAAUACCGUGUUUCCAUCGAUGUUUUAAUAAAUGUAGAAAGUGGGUCGAUAAACACGAUUGGGGAUAUUUUCUAUCUUUCUAUCCACGUUAAGCGAUAAAUCGAAUCGCCUAUUCUCCUCGUAGAAUCGCGAUCAAUCUCCAAGAAAGUGUAGCACGUUUUCUGCUCCAAUGAUCGAUCAACGACAGGAGAAUAUUAUUCCGGAAGAUCGAGAAAGUGAACUUUUCUCUUUUCUUGCCACGGAUUCACGCGUGCAAAUAUUUUAUUUUUCUUUCCACUUUUUUUUCUACGAAUUUUUGUCACAUUUUGUUUGUCCUCCAACGAUAACCGUUUAAAACGAGCGCUCGGGAAGAGGAUGUUAGGAUCGGUCGGUCGUAUUGGAAAACGAAAGGGGGGUUACACACGUGCGUAUUCAAGCGACACGCGUUCAAACGUGCGUCAUUUAUCUUUCUCUUUCUCUGUCCUCUGAGUCAUCCAAUCUUAUCGUUUCAUUGUCUCCUAAUUUAUCGCCCAAAUUUUUUUUUUAAAUAUUCGAAAAGGAAAUUGAAAAAUUUAAUAUCGAUCGAUUCGAUAUUAUCCUCUUGCGUCGAUAGAUACAGAACCUCUUCUCUCGAGAUAAUUCAACCUUACUCUUUACCAGUUGCUCUGACUGUUCGAAAAGAAAAGGUCGGGUGCCGAGCCCGUGAAUAAUAAAGGUUAGCUUGGCCGAGGAUUCCAGCAUGAGUUAAACUCUCUCACGAGUUUAACUCUAAACUGUAACACGAAAGGAAGGUGCAUUGAGUGAAAAUUAACACAAAAUUGAUCGUUGGAUAUUCACAAUAUACACACACAUAUAUAUAUGCAAUACCAAGAUAUCGAUGAUGAAUUCCAUAAGAAGAGAAUAUGCACGCUGGUUGCAUUUCUUUCUCGCAAGCGUGACAUCGUUUUAUGACCAUGGAAAGUGGUAUGAAGAAGGCAUAAAACAACGCGAAGGUUCAUCUAUCCAUCGUUCUCCUCUGUUGUCCCUUUCACUGCGAAACCGAUCGCGUGGGAGGCCUGUUCAGAUUCUCGUAGUAAUUUCAACCCGAACUAGUCUUCGUUCAGUCUUUGCCGGUGUGUCUUUCGCUGCAAACCUUUCCGUUUCUCGUCAAAUUAGCCGCGAGACAUUCGAUUGGAUCGAUUGGAAAUUUCUUCUGCAUCUAUCGAGGAUCAGGAUUCGUCGUUAUCGAGAGGAUUGGAAGAAGAACAAUUGAUCGAUUACGGUUACAAUUCUCGAUCUCGAUCAAACCGUUAAUUACGAAUAUUCUCGAUUAACAAACUUGAUUUAUCGAUCAAGUUGGAAAGAAGUCAAUCGAUUCGUCGGCACACGAAGUUCGCUCGAAAUAAAAUAAAAUAUUUAAUUCUCGGGAAACAGAUGGCAAAACGAACGUGGAAACUGGAUCGAUGAUUUCUCAAGAGAUUGAAAAUCGAGCGCGGCUCCGUCCACGAAAGAAAUCACGGUGAAAACACGGUUGUAUGAGAAAAGGCGCGCGUGCAACGAGAUAAUUGCAUCGCAGUCAACUUAGUUAUUGCAUAAUAUUCGUGCAGGCGAAGGAGAAGGAAGGAGAAGAGGAGGAAGGAAAAAGAAGAAGAACGAAGCGCCAGCUUCUUAUUUACCGUUCCACGUUUCACGUUUAUUGGAUACGAGCGCGCUCGCGCGCCUCUUCCUUCUCCUCUGAAUUUUUGUCCCCCUCCCCCUCCGUGUCUCCCAUUGUUGGAAACGAAUUGCACAAGCGUAGCCGCAAGAAAGAAGCGACGAAGAAACCCACGAGGGGCGAAGAUUUCAAUUAAAUCCAAGCGGUUAGCAUAAUUGGUUGCUCGCCGCUUCUGCCGUUACGGAAAUCAUCGGCCAUUUCUCCUUCUGGAUGGAACAAUUCGCCAAUUUGCAUUUCAAUAAUUCCGCGUUGCGGUCGUCGGAUAGCCACGAUCUCUGCUAACGGAAUUGAAAUUAGCCUCUUGGUCUUCUCGAAAAUCCGUGUCGUCUCUUCUUUUCUCACUCGUUUUCAUUUGAAAGAAAGCUCGAAUCAAAGUUAAUAUUUCUAUCCUCCGUUGGCGAAUAUAAUCGUAAUAUCGAUCAUGAUACACGAGAGGGACGUGGAAAUUUUCGUAAGUGAAAUCGAGAAUUUCCCCUUAUUGACCUAGACUAAAGAUUCGUCGUGAAGAAGAAGAAAGAGCGAUGGAAAACGUGUACGUGAUAAAAGUGAGAACGAAACCAGCCCUGUCCUCCCUCUACCCAUCGGAGCGGCGUUACUCGGCGUCGACCGUGGGAGGUCUGUCCUUGGUCCAUUUCGGUCUGGGCGCUCUCUCCCUUCUUCUGGGCAGCCUGGCCCUAUCUCUUCAAGGCCCAAUCUUAUCGGUCGCCUGUUUAGUCCCGUUCGUGACCGGACUGUUCGCGUGGAGAAGAUGGUACAUAGACAGGAACAUCGCAAUCUUUUUCUACGCGAGUCUCUUCUCCUUGACGGCGGCCGUCCUCUGCCUCAUCGCCACGAUACUCGACAUCGCCGCCGCCGCCGACAGCAGGGAUCCUUUGUGGUCCCUGGAGAAAAUUUUCGACCGAGAAAAUCAUUCUUCUCGCUUCGAGCAAUCGUUAUCUUCGACCAAUGCCACUCUGUCUUUCGACGAUCUCGAGACCACCUCGUUGGACGGAGAGGACGGUGAGAAAACGUUCCGUCACCCGACGAAAAUCAACUCGUACUCGCCCACGCCUGGAAUCAUACUCGACAACAUGUCCAACAUAUCCGGAUACAUCUUGAGAAGCUCGACGAUCGAUCCUGCGUCGGACGGGUUCACGGAUCCGAGCACGACUCUGGAUAACGGAAAUUUGUGGAAAAAUGUCACCGAGGAGUCCUUGGAGGCGAUGAACGACAAUGGAGCGACUGUGUCGUUGUUGUACACGGAUUAUCGCAAAUCUUCCCACGCUAAAAUUUUAUUAACCGUGAACGUGCUCGUCGCCUCCCUUCUCGAGGCGUUCUGGUCCGCCCUCAGCGCUAGAAUAGCCCUUCGAGGGAUGAUGAAUCGUUUGCCGGAAUCGAGCUACGCGAACGGAAACGGAAAAUUGGAUGAGAAUGCGGGAAAACGGAAGGCGCCAAGACCGGAUAUUCUGGACCACGACCGUGGAUUGUCCGAAAGCUUGCAAAAUUUGACGGCGCGGCACAACCUGAGGAAUUCGGGGCCGAGAUUGCCGUUGCCGGAAUCGAGCAACGAAUUCAGAGAAAGAGUGGAAAGAUUUCUGGCGAAUCAGGCUGCGCAUCACGUGGCCGAAGGGUCUUGCUCUUGAAAACGUUUGGAAAUUACUCUUAAGAUCGCGAUUCAUCGUGGUGAUCGUCUAUAUGCAAAUAUACCAAUCUUUUGUUUAAUAUGUACAUGUUUAUACACGUUUAGAUCACACGACGCAUCGUUCGAUAGCAGCAAUAAUAAUAAAGUUCCACUCGAACGAAAUUACUUACUAAUUUCCUUCAUUGACGGUUUCGUUAAUUAGCUCGACUCGAUGGCAACCGAUUGUUAAACGCCCGUAAACGAUCGUACGACAAUUGGACGGCUGAAAAACGGCCGAGCGAGUUAUAUAGAACGGCUUUAAAACCGUUUUAUAACUUUUAUAACGAGCCUCCCUCCGCACCGAAAGAUCGUAUCGUAUCCGAACACUCGGGCCUAGAAAACACUUUAAUUGCGAUUUAUUAACUUCGGUCGCCACGUUCCUUUUUACCUCUGUUAAUUAAAUGAUUCAGCUUGCGAGCGGCAUCGUACCAAGUCCUCGGCCAAUCUUCCUCUUAGAUGCGAUCUCGAAGCGUGUAUAUAUAUAAAAAAAAAAAAAAAGACACGCGAGAGAUUGUAUUGUUCUCGUAUAAAUACACGCUUAUAAUCGUAAUCGAUCCAGAUACGAAUUCCUUUCCUUCUAGGAUACAUUUUUAAUACGAUAGGUCGAAAAAUAUAAUUUACACGGUCCGGUAUUGUUCAUUCAUCGUGAACUUGAAAUAAAAGCACGCGUUAAAUAUAUCGAUAAAUAUGCUGCAA